AUGGAGUUGAAGAUAACGAUGAUCUCAUUAUUAUUAAUUCUCUUUGUGAUUAUUGCCGAAAGCGAAGCUUUUCGACAUCGAAAGAUCAUCAUACACGUUCCUGUUAAAGUCAACAAGCAGAAGCAUACACACACUUUAGUUAAACUGAAGCCUUUGCAUGUUCAUCAUAAGCCGACCAUCAUCAAGGAAGAAAAAAUAAUCAAUCAUCAGCCGAUUGAAGUUCACCACAAGGAACCCAUUUAUAAAGAAGAAAUAUCGCAUGAACAUUUGCAUCAUCAUUACAAACAUGUUCAUCCUGAAAUAUCUGAAACAAAAGAGUUUGGAAAUGAAUUUGGACAUAAUUUUUAACUCCUUGUCAUCCAUGAUCAUUUAUCCAGUUCCUAAUGGACUUUUAUCAUAAUUAAAUUAAACUUUAAGUACAAUUAAAUGUUUUGUCAAAAUUCUCAAUAAAAAGAUCUUUCCUUGCUACAAAAAGAAAAGCGACAAA